AAAAUUAAAGAAGAGUUUGAGAAAACAGUUCAACACAUCAAGUCUCAAGCUGAGCACACAGAGCGUCAGAUUAAACAGCAGUUUGAGAAGCUUCAUCAGUUUCUCAGAGAUGAAGAAGAAGCUACAAUCACUGCACUGAGAAAGGAAGAGGAGCAGAAGAAGCAGAUGAUGAAGGAGAAGCUGGAGGAGAUGAACAGACACAUCUCAGCUCUUUCACACACAAUCAAAGACACGGAGGAGAUGAUGAAAGCCAAUGACGUCUGCUUUCUAAAGGAGUUUCCAGUCACGAUGGAAAGAGUCCAGAUCUCACAGCCGGAUCCACAGACGCCUUCUGGAGCUUUGAUUCAUGUGCCACGUUACUUGGGCAACCUGCCGUUCAGAGUCUGGAAGAAGAUGCAGAAAAUUGUCCAAAACA